AUGGAAAUAACCCCUGAUUAUGUUUCACAGCUGACUGAAGCCACUUCUACUUUUCUAUGCCCCCUGUCAGCGAACACUUAUGGAAUUGAAUUUGUCUAUUUCCGAGUCAGAGACCUAGAAUCUGGCAUGGUCCUUUUUGAAGUCCAAAGCGAAGGCGAAACUGUAUCAACUGAAGCAGCAAUAGAUGGCGACCAGUUUAGAACUGUAAAAUAUCACCUCGGACCUGAUUUUUUAAAGCUGAGAGCCCUUGGCAGCACAAUUGACUUUACAGUUGGGCCAAAAGAAGUAAGAAAUUUUCGUAUGAUAGAGCGGCAUUAUUUUAGAAAUAAUUUGUUGAAAAGUUUUGAUUUCAAUAUAGAUUUUUGUAUCCCAAAUACAAGAAACUCCUGAGAAGUUAUUUAUGAAAUUCCUGAAAUACCUGAAGAGCUACUUCAACAAAUGAUUGAAAACCCCUGGGAGACUAAGUCAGAUAGUUUUUACUUUGUGCAAGAUGAGCUCAUUAUGCACAAUAAGGCAGAAUAUAUUAGAUAAAUAGAAAAUAUGGCUAGAUUACGAUAUAAAAAUAAAUUCAGAUAUAAUAAGCCAAAAAUGGAUAAUUACUCACCUUUAAUUUAA